AUGUCACUAGUUCAGAACGCGUUAAGGAGAAACGGAAGAAACGGACAACCACCAACACCAAGAAAUCAUAAUCUCGUUGAACAAGAAGAAAUUGCGCCAUUUAUUCCAAUAACUUUUAUUAGUGCGCCUACACAGAGACUAUGUGCUCUAUCUUUUUAUAUUUUAAUUUGGAGUAUAAAGUUAUAUCAUAUCUUUAUCGACAACGAGUCUUUUACAUGGACUUUAAUAGUCUGUUGUUUCGUGGAUGUCGUGUACUUUGUGAUACUAUGGAGUUUGCAAAUACCUUGGCUUCAGUUUCGGUUCUGGACUUUGAUUUUUUCUAUCGUGACAUCUUGUUUACUUGACCUGACUUUACUAUAUCCGCGUUGGCCAAUAGAUGUUGGUUUAACCGCACCAGUGACAAACUUUUCCAGUUGGACAUCAACCUUUAUCCGACAACAAUACGCUAAAUUAUGGGUGAACAAAGUUCGCGCUGUCAGUUCAGAAGAUACGGUCAAAAUUAAUGAAAUCAGAUAUAAUACCUCGCACAUAAAAGGAAAACAUACAGUUCGUUAUUUACCCUACGCCACUGCAAAAUUAAAUCCUGAUGAUUUAAAAUUAUGUUUGCAUCGAAAAAAGCAGCAACCCUCUAAAAAAACAGUUGGCUCAAGUGUUAACCUACCAGUACUCUUUAACAACACAAUACCAAAGACUAUAGAAUAUUCGCGUAUUGAUACUGAAACGGGAGAAAAGGUUUUGCUUAAUUUCACAAAGCGAGACAUUGAAAAACAUAGGGUGGUUGAUAAGGCUAUGAAUAUUGCCUUUGUGUAUAUUCCGGUACAAAUUCCAGGAGUGUAUCGUCUUGAACAAGCUUGGGAUUGGCACUGGAUGAAUAUAAAAAUCUAUCGAAAAGAAGAAAUUAUAGCGUAUUGUCCGGAUGCAAAAUUUUCAUCUAAAGUUGGUCAGCAUCGAUGUCUCAACGAUGAGAUUCCUGUGGAUUUGAUAUUACAGGGUAUCCCGCCUUUUAGUGUAUAUUAUGAGCGUAUUGUAGGUGGUAUUGCAGUAAAUAUGACUAUUGAUGGUGUUGCGUCCGAAAACACCAUCGUCCCGGGCUCUCGUUCCGAUCAAAUUUCUGGUUAUCAGUGGGCACGUGAUCGUAUUAUCGAAGUCCCUUUAGUUCUAACGACAGAUAUUCCCGCUCAAUAUUCUUUAAAAAUAUUGCGAAUUCGGGAUGCCCUUAAUAACACGCACAUUUAUGAAAAAGAGGAAAAUGCUCAAUCUUAUAUCGAAUUUACGGUUCAUUCACGUCCUUCCGUAAGCUUUCUGUCUGAUGCAACGAUUAAAAUUAAGCCUGCUGAUUCUCCUAACAUCGCUUUGGAAUUAAAGGGCCAAGAACCAUGGCGAAUUCACAUUGGGUAUUGGGCAGAAGAUAUUGCACAAGAUAAUAAUUUGGCAAUGAAUACUAGUGAUAUUAUUGAAUAUGUCUUGGAGAGAUCAACUGAUGAUAUGAUCAAUGUAAAGAAACCGGGACUUUACAAGUUACUUUCUGUCUUGGAUGCUUUUUGCUCUGGACAAGUUUUAGCACCUUCAAAUAUUAUCGUAUUGGAAGUACUUCCACCUUCUGUAAUACUCGAUACUAUCCCAAUAUCAACAGGGGAUUGUCCAGGCGAGGUUGGUCUCGAAGUAAUCAUGACUCUUACAGGAUCUCCGCCAUGGAUGCUUGAAUACUCAAUUGUACAUCAAGGCCAAGAAAGAACUAUACCAGUACAGAUAUUCAAAGCGCGCCACUCUUUUGCCAUAAUGCCGGAAACAUCUGGUCAACAUGAUUACAAGUUCAAACGUUUGAGUGAUUAUUAUUAUCGAGAUGGCUUGGAAAUUGGGCGUACUAUAUCCCAGGUCGUUCAUCCUAAGCCUGAUGCUACUCUUCGGAGUUUACCUGGUGGUGGAAAUCAGAUAAACACUUGUGUUGGCAGUCGUGUGGACUUAGACGUAAGACUUGUGGGAAUAGAACCAUUUACAUUAACAUAUGAUGUAUUAUAUAAUCAAAGGAAAAAUGCUUUCACAAUUGGCGAUAUUCAAGGACCAUACCACACUAUCAUGUCACCACCAUUUGAAAAUCCGGGCACCUAUACAGUAACACUAGAAAAGAUUGUUGACGCUAAAGGAUGCAGCAGAAUUUUAGACUCAUCGAAUGAUGUCAUUGUUAACGUUAUGAAAGAGAGGCCCACAGUUGGAUUUAGAACGACUAAUGAAGUUCUAACUUUCCUUGAGGGUGAUGAUAUCGAUCUACCAUUACAGCUCACCGGGAAUCCACCGUGGGAAAUAACAUAUCGUUAUCAUGACAAAAUCGAUAAAAACGUGUCAGCCGUCCAAUUACGAGAUCCUAAUUCCCAUCUGACCGUAAAUCUACCGGGACGUUAUGAAUUAUUAGAAGUUAAAGAUCUUUAUUGUUAUGGAAAAGUGAUUCCCGAGUUGAAGUAUAUUGUGGUUGCAUGGAUCCCUCGACCAAACAUGAAAAUAGUCGAAGGAGAAGCAAUACAAAUUUCACAAGAUUAUUAUCAACGAAAACAUGUAUGUGAAAAGACCGAAGAUGGUAUUUCUGUGACGUUGCAAGGUCGGGCACCUUGGGUGGUGAAUUACAAUAUCCAAGCAGAAGAAAAUUAUCUACAAAAGCAAGAAAUUAUUGGAGGUUAUUUGACUCGUAUUCCGCUUCUCACAGAUACACCUGGAAAAUAUCGAUAUGAGUUCUAUGAAAUUGCCGACGAUGCUUACAUAAAGCUCCACCCGAUGUCUUUAACACUCGAACAGACAGUUAUCAAAAAUCCAAAUGCUCGAUUUUCUCAUUCAAUUGGUACAAUUAAUCACUGUGUUGGUCACUCGCUAACUGAAGAUGAUACACCUUUAAUUGUAGAACUGGAAGGCGUGGCACCAUUUACCGUUUUAUUUGAAAUUAAACAUCAAAGUAGUAACAUGGUGGAAACUUUAACAAUCGAUGAUAUUUACGAGAAAAAAUAUAAAUUCCGACCAAGGACAAAAUUCUCGAUGGUCGGGAAGUAUACAAUCACUAUACUCCACAUCAUAGACUCUCAAAAUUGUAGUAGAAUACCAGAAGGUCCAGAUAAACAAGUAUUGAUAAAUGUUUCGGAUGUUGCCUCAAUUGAAAGACUCUUUCCUCAAGAAAUUCAUUGUGUUGGAGAUUUGUUGAUUUACUCGCUGCAAGGUAUCUCCCCAUACUAUAUAACAUACACAUAUAACGGGGAAACGAAACACGCAAUGUCAAAAUCAUCUGAAUUCACAUUUGGCGCUGAUAAACCAGGCAAUAUGACAAUCACCAAAGUAUGUCAUCAAAACGACAUGUGUUGUGGUUACCCAACAGACUUUUCCGAGGUAAUAUAUGAUCUUCCGACGGCAAUUGUCUCUGAAGGAAAAGACAUUAUUUCGGAUAUACGUGAAGGAGAUAAAACGGAAAUCAUUAUUGAAUUCAUCGGCAUACCACCUUUUCGUUUUACAUAUACACGCAGCGAGAUAUUACCAGAUGGAAAACGUGGAAAAGCCGGGCAUGUCUUAGAAACUCAAACUGUAUUAAAUGUUCGAGAAAAUAAAUACUCCAUUUUUACGGCACAAGAAGGGAUAUUUCAAGUGACUUAUAUCGCCGAUAAGUACUGUGAAUAUCCGCGAGUUGCGAGUAAACAUGGUUAG